AUGUCCGAAACCCUCACAAACUGGAAAGGCAUAGGGGAUUCCAAACGCGAUGUUCUGCUGUCACUCAUUCCGGAAGAAUGGCGAAUUCCACUUCCACUUCCACCUCCCUCAAUAUUACCUGACGUGACAGGCCAUAUACGUCAGUAUCUCUCUUCGAAGGAGGUGGAAAUCACGGAGACAGACGCAGUUGAUAUCGUUAGAAAAACUUCUAGCGGAGACUGGACAUGCCGUGCAGUUACCGAAGCGUUCUGCCAUAGAGCAGCGUUGGCUCAUCAGAUGAUCAAUUGUCUUCAUGAAAUCAUGUUUGCGUCUGCCCUCUUGCGAGCCUCGGAACUCGAUUCCUAUUUUGCGGAACACAAAGAGCCCAUGGGUCCAUUACAUGGUCUUCCCGUCAGUCUUAAAGACUCAAUCCACGUGAAAGGCAUAGACACAAGCUUGGGCUAUGUCGGCUGGCUGGGAAAGUCCCAACCAGAAAAAGAAAGUCAAGUUGUCACUGAUCUUCGCUCUCUUGGUGCAGUUAUUUACGUGAAGACCAGUGUUCCUCAGGGGUCCAUGUCCGCAGAGACACGUAACAAUAUCAUUGGCUAUACCCCUAAUCCUCGUAAUCGUCAACUCACUGUGGGGGGAAGUUCAGGUGGCGAAGGCGGUCUUUUGGCUCUGCGGGGAAGCUCUGUCGGACUUGGAACUGACAUCGGCGCCUCGUCUCGUGUCCCUGCAGGUUGGAACGGCUGCUACGGACUCCGUCCAUCAACGGGAAGAUUGUCGUACGAGGGGAUUGCCUCGACAAUAGACGGUAUCAUGCUUCCGUUUGUGGUUGGGCCAAUGGCGACAAAGGUAAGUGGACUGGAAUUGAUGAUGAGGAGCCUAUUGCAAACUGAGCCGUGGAGGAGAGAUCCCAUGGUCAUUGAACUUCCUUGGAAAGAAGAUAAAUUUAUGAAGAUGCAUGAAGGAAUAAGUGGCAAGGAAAAAAUGGCAUUUGGAAUCAUGAUCGGAGAUGGGUAUGUGAAUCCACAACCGCCUGUAGAAAGAGCCAUGAGAAUGGUUACAGAUGCGAUCAAGGCGCUAGGCCAUAAGGUCAUCGAAUGGAAGCCGCCGAGCCACUCCGCUGGUAACGAUCCAUAUUUCAAGAUUUGCUUUGCCGACGGUGCUAAGGCUCACCACUCCGCACUUGCGAUAUCUGGAGAGCCUUCAACCGAACCUAUCUUAGGAACACAGCCCUUCCCAGAGGGCAGCGCGAGCCAUAUCAUCGAAGCAAACAUUGCAGUCAGAAAUUAUCGAAAGAAGUACCUUGACUACUGGAACAGUACCUCAGAGAUCACCGGAACAGGGAGGCCAGUAGACGCAUUUAUCAUGCCACUUGCACCGUUUCCACCUCCUCGGCCGGGACAGGCCCGAUAUCUAGGCUACACAACCAUUAUAAAUGCCCUGGACUAUACUUCAUGCGCCAUUCCGGUGACAGAAGUAAAAAAAGAUAUUGAUCAAUACCCGGUGGAAUAUUCCAGUCUAAAUGAGGUUGACCAAGCUAUUCAUGAUGAUUACGACCCCGAACUAUCACACGGUGCACCCGUAGCUGUGCAAAUCGUUGGUGGGAGAUUGCAGGAAGAGAAGGUACUCGCAUUUGCAACAGGAAUCAGCCAACAGCUCGAGAGAUGA